AUGGAGGACGGUAAUGGUCAGUUCAAGCUGAAAAAGAUCCUUUCAAGUGAACUUCGUGAUUCAAAAGCCCUGAAGUGUGGAGACAGGUUCUGCAAGCGCGACUAUCUCAACAACCAGCGUCAAUUGAGAAAGUCAUCGGGCUACGGGCAAGCAAGGGUUGAGCUCAGAGCGCAGACGAGCAGUAUGAGACAAAGCGUGCUGGAAAAUACUUUCCUCUUUGUUCUUCCAGCAGCUCAAGAUGCAGCACCUGUUGUAAGUUUCCAAGCUGGUAUUAAUAGCAAAAUGGACACAAUUUGCCCGGAAUACAUGAAAGAACAAUUACGCCUAUUUCGAAAAUGGCACCCAUUGGGCUGUAUUGCCAGGCCAUUGAGACAUGAUGAUGGGUCCGUAAAUUAUGCGAUUUGGGAAUGUGCGGUGCCCGGGAGAAAGGGCACACAUUGGGAAGGAGGACUAUUCAAGAGGGCGCAACAAAAAGCCUUGAGGUCCGACAUAACCUGUGCCAAUGGCGUCUGCGCCUAUGGAUGUGACGUAUGUACCCGUCAUUCCAAGGUAGUUCCACAUGUGGAGUGCGACAUCGCUUCAGAAAUGACCCUAUCGUCCUCCACGAAAUUCACAGAAACUAACCCCGAUGAAGAAAGGACGAUGAUGAUGAUGGGACCGCCUGGGCCACCUCCGCCGUAUUCAGAGGAACCUCCAUCUUCUCAGGAGCUGGUCAGACCAACGGAUGAACCACAGCUAUCUGUUCAUAAUGAUGAUCCGCACCGUGUGGUCGAAGCAAGUCAUCAGGAAACGAAUAGUCAGCUAUUUAUGAGACCUCCCAGACUUAAUCGUUCAGCGCCACCACCAUACACCCCACGGUCAGAACCAACACAUAAUCCUGACAGAGAGGCUAAUAACGACUCAGCCGAUGUCAAACAUCCACAACGCAGACCCCGGAAACCAAAAGAAAUGGAAUCUACCAAUCAUUACAAGUUAGAUCGCAUAGAAGUACGUAACAAAAUCGAUAAGCAAAUUGGGCAGCAGUUCGAUCCAACAGAUAAAGAGGCUCAAUAG